GUAAUAACGUUUGAUUUUCAUGCACACAACAUCUUUUGCUUUUUCUUCCUUUAAAAGCCAUAUUCGGGCAUCUCUCUUUCUCUCUCCCAACUCCAAAGUUUCUCUCUUUUUUCUUCUCUUUCUGUUUGUUCUCCAUAAAGUUCCAGAAAUAAAACUCGCAAAUAAAUUUCAUAAAGCAGAACAAUGUUGCUCUAACAUCUGUGUUGAUGGGAAUAUAUGCUUUUUAUUUUGCCUCUUGAAGAAAAUUAACAAGAAGAGGGAGCAUAGGCAAUUCAGUUAACCUGACAGUUUCAGAUCAACAUUUCUUUUUUUGACUUUAUGUCUCAAAUUCUUCACUAACAUUCCUAAACCACAACACUAGGAUUCUCCUCCCAAAAAACUGAAGUGAAAGGACUUAUGCUGGUGAGAAACAGAUCAAGAGCUGUGACCAAGGCAGGUUUGAUGGGUGAUCACAGCUCCCAGCCAUGUCCAAAUCAGAGUUACAAACGAAACAUCCCUUGUCUAUUUUUUUCACCCAAAUUUCGAGACUUGACUAUGAAGUGUCUCUCCGGAGCGGAGGCUCUGCCAAGUCCCACAUCAAUUCUCGACACCAGAGCCUUGUCCCCCUUGGGGAACCCUUUGCCACAUGCAAACAAGACUGAACCGAUUAAUAAUAUCUCCCCAAGAACACACUCGGAAAACAAAACUGUGUGGGACUCAAAAGGCAUUGGCCUUGCACUUGUUGGUGCACUAGUACUUAAAGAUGAACCUGUUGCUCAAAAUUCAGCUAAACCAAGUAAUGGAACUGUUCUGUUUGGAACUAAGCUUGGAGUGAAGAUCCCUCCCCUGCCACUGCCACCACCAUGUGCUGCUGCAGAUUUUGAUGCCAAAACAAAGGAUUCUCCAUUAUCAGUUGGAAGAGGUGUUAUGAGUUUGAGUGAGAUGGAACUUUCUGAGGAGUACACCUGUGUGAUAUCACAUGGACCUAAUCCUAAAACAACUCAUAUAUUUGAUAAUUGUAUUGUGGAAAGCUACUGUUCUCUGCCCAAUAACCCCAACACUCCUUCACUGAAUUUCCUUAGCUUCUGCCACACAUGCAAGAAGCAUCUUGAGCAGACAAAGGACAUCUUUAUUUACAGAGGAGAAAAAGCUUUCUGUAGCCAAGAAUGUCGCCACCAAGAGAUGGUGCUAGAUGAAGCAGGAACAGGAACAGGAACUUCAGAAUUUGACAGAUACUAAUACGGUCAUUUUUUACUUCCAACGCGGCCACAAAGUCUUGUUGCAUUCUGAUGAGGAUAAACCAGCUAUGCUGCUCACAAUUUUCUAUUCUUGUUUAGGAUUAUUCUAGAUAAUUAAUAAAUAUUUGGAUGUGACCAGCAUAUUCCUUUUCAAGUUUUUGUUUGUUUAUUUUUUUUUUUCCAACUCUCCCUUGAAAAUAGAGAUAAGAAAGGAUGAGGAUGUAGAGUUCGUUUCAAGAAAUGAGUAGUUUUAGAUUGCUUCCGGUUUUCUCCCUUUGUUUUCGGCUGAAGCAGAUGAUGAUGAUGAUGAUAUAUGACUGAAAAUAGUUAUAUUUUUCUUUCUUAUCUGAGAUGAUGAUGAUGAUGCAUAUUAUUGUAAAUGGGGACCAAAUCAUUAUUUUUCUCAAGAA